UUAACAAACUAUAAAACAGGCAUACAUUUGGAAAUCUGUAUACUGCAACUGAAGUUAAAGAAAACUAGUGACAAUGAAGGCUGUAGUAAUAUUUAGCUGUCUGUUCAUGACAGUAUGUGGAAUGGGUAUUCAAAAGAGAAAUGCAGAUCUUGGAGAAAUAAAUAGUGACAAUGAUGAUGUCGCCAUUGAUUCCCUGAUGAACUAUCUCAGGAAAAGGUGGAGUAUAGGCAGUGGCAACAAAGGAAAUAAUAACCAAGCAAACAACAACAACGACAUUGGUAAUUCGCAUGUAGAAAAUAAUAAAGAUACACAUGUAGCGGGUUUCGGGAAUAUCGGAGACUUUGGAAAGAAACGUGACUGGUCAAAUGAAGAGAAAAAGUGGAGUAUAGGAAGUGGCAACAAAGGAAAUGGUAAUCAAGCAAACAACAACAACAACAUCGGUAAUUCAUAUGAAGAAAAUAAUAAAAAUACACAUGUAGCCGGGAUAGGAAAUAUCGGAGACUUUGGAAAAAAACGUAGCUGGUCAAAUGAGGAUAAAAGAUGGGAUAUAGGCAGUGGCAACACAGGUAAUGGGAAUCAAGCAAACAACAACCAAAAUAUCGGUAAUUCUCAUGUUGAAAAUAAUAAAAAAACACAUGUAGCGGGAAUAGGCAAUAUGGGAGACUUUGGAAGGAAAAGGGACUGGAAUAUUGGAAGUGGCAAUACAGGCAAUCAUAAUUCUGCAAAUGGCAAUAGUAACAUCGGCAAUAGCGAGAAGUAUGAUGACAAGAAUACAAAUGUAUAUGGCGUCGGAAAUAUCGGAGACUUUGGAAGAAAACGUGACUGGUCUUAUGAAGGUAAACGAUGGAGUAUAGGAAGUGGCAACAAAGGGAAUGGUAACACUGCAAAUGACAACAGCAACAUUGGUAAUUCGUAUGAAGAGAAUAAUAAAGAUACAAAUGUUAUAGGAGCUGGAAAUUUCGGAAACUUUGAUGGGAAACGAUAAAUAAGGUUAAGAAGAGAAGAAAGGACAUUAACACAAGUCACCUUUUGUUUUGCGUGAGAUGUGAAUAUAUCAUAUAUUACUAAACAAUUUGCAUGUACACCACGUUCAUCAUAUGUAGAUACUCUAACAGAAAUAUUUUAGAUUUAUGUUUUAUAUUAUACCGUAUAUUUUUAGUAAAUAAAGUGUUAGUAUUUCCCGAA